AUGGAACCUCCGGUGAAGUAUCAACCACGUCGAAGCAUCCUUGAUAGGCCUAUACUCAUUGCUAUUCCCAUCCUAAUCGGGCUGUUCCUUACACGAUCACCUUUCUUCAUGACUGCUCCGGCUUUAGAUCCCGCUACGGCGGGUAGUGUGGUUUGGGCUGAUGCUCCUAUCAAGUUGGUGACAACUCCUCAAUUUGAGACCAAGAAGACCGAUAUAUUCACCACCGGCGCCACGCACAUGGCCCUCUUACACAACGCCAUCCUCCGCGGCUACAACUCGGUAUACCAGCAAGCCCCGCACGUCAAAGCCGGCGACAAGGCCGACUUUAUCGGGUACGCUUUAACAUGGCACAAAUUCGUAGCCUCGCACCAUGACGACGAAGAAGCCACUCUAUUCCCCAAGGUCGAGGCCGUCCUCAACGACGAUACUAUCUGGGCCGAUACGCACAAGGAACACGAGGCGUUCCUGGGCGGACUAGCCCAGUUCCAGAAGUACCUCCUGGGCGUAGAACCGAAGCCCUCGACGUUCGACGGCGCGGAACUCGUCAAGAUCAUGGAGUCCUUCCAGGAGCCCUUCGAAGCCCACUUCCACAGCGAGAUCGCGACCAUUGCCGCCCUGUCAGACCACGCAAACGCCCCCGCGCCGGGAUCUGCCGCGGCGGAAGAUGCGUCGGCUACGUUUAAGAGCUGGGGCAAGACGACGGUAACGAAAGCAGGGACCCUCGACGUAGUGCCGUUCUUCCUGCUAAAUCUAGACGGCACGACUGAGGACGGUGCGUGGGCUAACUGGCCGCCUAUCCCGGCUCCUAUCAAAUGGGGACUUGUGAAUAUUGCUGGCGCGUGGCAUGGCCGCUGGUGGAAGUUUAGCUCUUGUGCGGGAGGGCAGCCGAGGAAGUUGUAUGCGCUGCAGUAG